CCGAAGGUUUCAAGCUGAUCCUCAAUUCAUUUAAACAAUGUCGGAAGAAAAUACAACAAACAAGGCUUUAUGGAAGUUAAAACGUUAUGGGCGUUUUCUGCCAAAAGCUAAAAAUGUCGGGGGAAGCUCUUCAUGGAAGGUGUUCGAGUCCAAUGAAAGCAAAGGCACGUUGGAGCUGACGAUCCUGGAAUCUGGUCAUCUGCUUGUCUCACAGGCUCAGGAACUAUUGGAAGGCUUCUCUCUUCUCAACGCUCAGAGCUUUCUGAAGAUCCAGCAGAAAUCAGACAGCCUGCUUUUCUAUUUUACCCUGAAGGAAGAGAGUCGUAUGAUACGAGUACAGUUUGAGGGCAGCAGCAGGUCUGAAGCUGUAGAUUUAUGCAGGAAGGCAGUUGAGAGAUUGAAUGAAUAUCUGCCUGUAGGCACCCAGGAGCAGCCUGGGCCUUCAUCUGCAACUCACACCACUGGAAUCUCUAUCCAGCAACAGCAGACUCCUGUAGCGGCACCGCAGGAGAUCCGUGACGUUACCCAGGAGUCUCUGUCCAUUAAGCAGCUUUCUCAGUACUUCCUGGGUGAGAGUGGACUGUCCAUGCCAUUGGCAUAUCAUCAUUUCACUCUGCCACCGGGCGACACGGAGGCUCUGUUGCGCCUGUGUUUGCUCGACUCGGGCUUCCCUAGUUUCGUAGAAGAGGUGGAGAACAAGCUAAAAGCCUUGAUCCAAGAAUGA